AUGUUGUCUUGUCACAACAAACUACUCACACGGUUGCUAAAAACCUUUCGACAGCCAACGACCGACUCUGCCCUUCUUCGGGCUCAACAAGUUGGUGUAGUUCCAUCAACUUCAUGUCCUACUGAGACACGAGACGACUUUUGUGUAUCACAUGAAUAUGAAGAAUAUUAUGAACUGGAAUCAGAGAGACUGAAAUCAUCCGGAUUACAGUCAAUGGUAAACAAAACGUCUGUUGUUGAUGAUGAUCGGUUCCUGAUGAUCGGGACCAUCAAAUGGUCCAAUCAGGAUGAUCACCAUGUGAUUUGCCAAGGUAACGGGCUGGUAGUCUGCAUCGCUAUUUUAGCGAAGCGUCCAGAUAACACGCCUGUCGCUCUUGUCAGAGAUAUGGCGUUUAAAUUCCAGCAAAAGUGCAAGGUGCAUGCCAAAAGAUUUUAUGAUGGUGGUCAGUCUAUUCAACAGGACUUGUGCUUCACUUUGGUCUUCAAAGAUGAGGGCGAUGUCAUCUGCGUACUCCUGAUCAACAAGGUUCUCACCAGCAACAAUCUGAACAUUGGAGUUUUGAAGACCUCCCAGGGUAAGCCUCAUAAUUUCAUCAAUGACGAAGUUGAAAAAGAAUGGAGAGAGUGGACAGCCUUGUUUGACACCACUGAUUACAAUCUAAGAACGGCAUCCAUCGCUAUCUGA